UUCGCGUAGCAACGAAAGCAGAAAGCAUCGCGCCGCUGCCAACCACCACCACACAAGCAAUAGUGCCACCACCACGACCAGCCUCGACAGCGCAGAGCGACGAUGACCGAAGCAGUCCAGGCGGUUCAGGCCGCCAUCGCCCUGCGCCGUGUUCGCGUCGAUGAGCACUUCCGUGACUUUGACCCCCUCCGAGCCGGGCGCAUCACCCCGUCCCAAUUCCUCAGGUGCUUGGACCAAGUGGGCGUGCGCCUGAGCGAGGAGCAGCGGGAAACGCUGCUGAAGCAGUACGACACAGGCGACGGCCGCGUCAACUAUCGCCAGUUUGUGCAGGACGUGUACAGCGCCUUCACCCGCACCAACCUGGAAAAGGCGCCUGCGGAGAAGCCGCCAACGCCCGACCGCGCCGAGACGUCGCUCAUCGGCGCGGCCGCGCGCUUCGGAUACGACGACCCGGAGAUGGAGGAUCUCUACUUUGAGCUGCGCGACAUCAUCCGCAAGCACUGCAAGACAUACGGCAUGUCCGUUCGCUCCGCGUUCCAGGAGUUUGACAAGGUCAACAGGGGCAUCGUCACCCCAGCACAGUUUGAGCGCAACCUCCCCGCGCCCAAGGACAUUGAGCCCUUCCACGUCAGGGUGAUUGCCAACCGCUUUCUGCAGGACAACAAUAUGGUCAACUACCUCGCCUUCCAUCGCGACGUGGAAGGCAUUGGCCCCGAGCAGCCACUCGGGUUCCGCAACACGCUGCGCAAGAGGGAGAUGGAGGACGUGCCUGGUGCCGGCACCAUCAGGGCGGCCAGCGCCGACGACGUGUUGCGAGAGCUGCAGGUUGCCUUUCACAAGACGCGCGUGCGCCCCGUGGAGUUUAUGCGGGAUUACGACAAGCUCAACUCGUCUUGCAUCACGGCAAACCAGUUUGAGUGCGGCCUGAGCCUCGCCUGCUCCGCACCAGGCGGGGUGCGGCUGACGCGGGAGCAGGUGAAUGCGCUGGUGGAGCGGUUCAGAGCACCGGACGGGCGCGUCAACUACAGGCAGUUCUGCAAACAGGUUGACGAAGCAUUUGUGACGGGCAAAGAUGACGAUCUUGUCCGGGACCCGCUUGCGUCUGUGCCGACGCGCACGCGAAAGGACAUUGUGCGGGACGAGAACGAGCUGGCAGGGGAGGACGAGGAACGCGUGCAGCUGGUGCUCGCCGCCAUCAAGCAGCACGUUGACGAGCGAAACCUCGACCUGUAUCCCCAGUUCAGGGACUUUGACCGCCGCCACGGCUUCACCAAGGGCGUGACGCGCGCACAGUUCCGGCGGCUGCUCGACCUGACGCUGGGGCUGCCGUUGCAGGAGAGGGACGUGGAGUUGGUGUGCGACAAGUACACGAACGCAGCAACGGGACACGUCAACUACCACAAGUUCAUCGCGGACGUAGACGAAGAUUCGAACCUGAAGCCGCAGGAGCAACUGUACUUUGACAAGGCCAGCAUCGCCAACUUCAAGACGAUGAAGGAUGUCGAUGCAGAGCGAGAGGAACGCAUGGCAGACCUCGACGAAGCCAUUGCUAUGCUCAAGCUCAGGGUUGUGGAGCGAUCACUGCGUGCAGCGGAGUAUCUGCGGGACUUUGAUCGACUGCGCAAAGGCCUCAUCACCGCCGCCCAGUUCAAGACGGGCGUCAAGGCAAUGCACCCAGACAUGUCAGAGGAUCACCUGAAUGCGUUGACUGCUGCGUACACGGACACGACGGCAGCACCGCCAGCAGUCAUUGCCUGGCGCCGGUUUGCGUCGGAUAUGGACGACCUCCUGCUCCCCACCAGAAACCUCGAGAAGGCGCCAACCACGUGCGGUGACUGA